AGUGACAGGGGAACUCUCGCGUUGCUAUUGGCUGAGCGCGGAAUUUGAAAUGCAGCCGAACAGAAUCUGAAACAAACUAACGAUGCUGUAAGUUAGGGAAGCUGCAGAUAAACACUCAGCUGGAGUUUAAUACAGAAGAAAACAUCGAAGAGUGAAGGAUUACCUGGACAUGGAUAUAUCCACUUAUUUACAGUGUUUUGAAAACAACUUGAGCACAUACACAGGAGACGACCCGUUAGACCAAUGGGACAAGUUCGUGGAGUACCUGGAGCAGAGGUUACCUGCAGACAGCAGUGAUGGGAUGUCCCUUGUGUUUGACAGUCUUGUUCAGAGAUUCAUCAGUGCUGAACGUUACGCAGACGACAUCAGAUACGUGAACUACUGCAUCAGAUGUGCGAGUUUUUACUCCGACCCGGUCGCUCUGUACAGUCAUAUCUACAGCAAAGGCAUCGGCACCAGGACGGCCUCCCUCUAUGUGGCCUGGGCUCAGCAGUUUGAGCACAGGGGCAUGAAUGAGCAGGCGGAUGCUGUUUACCAGAGAGCCAUGGAGAACCAGGCCCAGCCAGCUGACACGGUUCUCCAUGAAUACAGGCAGUUUCAAUCCAGAACAAAGAGCCAGACACAAGUAUCAGCAGGCGGACGAACCCCUUUACAAAACUCUCAUCUAACCAAUCAGAUGUCCUCUCACAGAGAGCCUGUGCCUCAGAACAAGGCGCCGGGGGAUUGUCCGCCCAAACCAGCAGCACAUAAAACCACCUUCAUCGUGUCUCGCUCAGAGACUUCCGGAGCGAUCCCCUCGUCUCAGAACCCCGGCGUUCAGAUGGUGUCCGAGUACAUGACGGACGAGCUGGUCUGCGAGGGGUCUGAGCUUUGUUUCGAGGAGGUCAGAGCGGAGAAAUACUUCAGGAAGCUCCGAGAGAAGAAGGAGCAGCCGGAGAAGGACCCUGAAGAAAUGAAGGAGGAGAUGCUGCGCGAUCAGGAUGAUGUCAUUCGGGGCUUCAGAUUUAUGUUUGAGAAGCUUCACCAGGAGAUUGACGCCGGGGGAGGAGUAUCCAGCCAGCCUCCAUCACAGAGGCUUCCUGCAGGAGAGGCAGCCUCACACCUGAAUCCUCUCCAGCAUCCCUUUGGGCGUCCUGGACCCUCCCUCGGUCUGACCAGCAGGAGAUCUCUGGGUUUGAGGCUACACAUAGAGUCCACGGCGACUGUCCUCGAGCCUCCUCUUCCUCCUCCUCCUCAGGCUGCUGAGAUCUUUCAUCCCUCAGUGCUGCCUGACAGGAGCAUUCAUCUACCAUCGCUGCCCACAGAUCACGAGUCUGCCGCUCAGACGUCGAGCUUUGAGCACAUGAACCGGUCGCUCCACAGAGCCGCUGUGAACGCUGAGGAUGGACUUCAGCAGAGCGGCGUAGAGGAGGCUCCAGCCCGGGAGCACAACACCACACAGCAGGACGCCGGGCACCCGUCAGAGCCGGAGGAGAACCUGAACAUGUCACAGGGAGGCACAGCCAACCUUUCUCACAUCACUCCUAACACCUCACUGGGGUACGUUCAGGCCACGCCGUCACGGGUGCUGCCGUCGCCCACUGUCAACACACGGGAAGCCCUGGAUGUGAUCAUGGACAUGUUCCAGGCGCCGACGCUCCUGGAGGACCCGUUCAGCAACCUGUCGGUGCUGCACGCCGCAGAGCGGGAGGUCGAGCCCGUCUACACAGGAACCGGAGGCGUUCCCUCUUUCCCCAAACCUGCAGCUGCUGCCCCGUUCACCGUCUUCCAGGACGAGGACGACAAAGAAAACGGCAGCGCUGCAGCUCCUCCUCCUCCGGCGGUGCAGAAGUCUAAACCAAUCAGAGCUCUGGCUGAGAUCGCCGUGUCCAACAAACCGAACGACACUCCUCCAGACCUGAUGCCGGAUGAGAGCACCAUGUGGGGAGCUCGCUACAACUCCCUCAACUCUCUGGCGGCGUGUCCCAACAGCACCACAGACUUCGCCAUGCUGGCUCAGUUCGUCUCCACGCCGUUCACUCACAAGACGCCCGUCAGUGGAAACUUCUUCCAGGACCAAGAGAAUAACGCUGACGGCGGCGAUCCUGAAGACGAAGCUUACCUCAGACGUCAGACCAAAAAACUCAGCCCCAUCAUAGAGCAGAGUCCGUCCAACGAGACCGGCGUCAGUAAGCUCGCCCCGUCCUCCGAGCGGCACGGCACCAUCGUGGGCGAGGGUCUCGCCUCCGCCACGCACUGCCUCACCACCUCCUCCAUCACCAUGGUGCAGCCCCCUCCUCCCGCCGUCCUCUCCUUCAGGGACCAGACCAUCUGUCCCACAGAGUCCUCCAUGUCCAGGACCACAGGGCCCGGCUGGGAGAUCUACACGAGCCCCGAGCAGCCUCCCAAACCGGCCUCUGCGACCAUCCAUCAUCAGAGUCUAAACAGAUCCAGGAGGGAAGCUUUUACAAUCAGGGAGGAUUUACACAAACCUGCGAGUCCAGAGCGACUCCAGGAAGAGGUCUAUGACGUUCCCAUGAGCCCAGAGUGUGCGCUCAAACCGGACUGGCCCUCUAUCAGGAGCCCCGGAGUCACAGUGGAGCCGGACCUGGACUGCUUCCUGAGCCCCCGUCGUCUCACGGUGCACAACCAGAACCAGGACGUCCCCAUGAGUCCGGAGCAGCUGCUGCAGCCGUGUGCCGACGUGCCCAUGAGCCCGCCGCAGGAUGAGCACAUGGCGAGUCCGGACGUGUCCCUGAACGCAGCGCCGGAGAGGACGGGCUCGGUCCAACUGGUGUCAGACCCCUGGGACGACGAGCUGAUCUCCUACCUGCUCUCCAAUCUCUCUCCUCCGCUCACCUCUCAUCCUCACUUCAUCACCUGGAAGUGUAACGUGCCCAACAUCGCCCCGAAGAUCACCAUCAGCAUGGGUAAAGCAUCGCUGCGAGUCGACUGCGUCCUCGGACAAGGAGCUUUUGCGACCGUCUACCAGGCGACCGACCCCGUGACCUCUGAGAAGGUGGUGUUAAAGGUCCAGAAGCCGGCCAACCCCUGGGAGUUCUACAUCAACACUCAGCUGGACGCUCGGCUGCAGCCUGACGUGCGUCACCUCUACAGCAGCCUCCGCUCCGCCCACCUCUUCACUAACGGGAGCGUCCUGUUAGGAGAGCUGCACAACUACGGCACCCUGCUGAACGCCGUCAACAUCUACAAAACCCUGAGCGACAAAGUGAUGCCUCAGCCGCUCGUCAUGUUCUUCACCGCCUGCAUCCUGAACAUGGUGGAGAGGCUGCACGGCAUCAACGUCAUCCACGCCGACAUCAAGCCGGACAACUUCCUGCUGGGGGAGAGGUUCCUGGAGAAUAAAUGUUUCCAGUCGGAGAACGUGGACCACGGCCUCGCUCUCAUCGACCUCGGGCAGAGCAUCGACAUGGAGCUUUUCCCACAAGGCACUGCGUUCACCAGCAGGUGUCUGACGUCAGGGUUUCAGUGCACAGAGAUGCAGAGCGGGCGGCCCUGGAACUAUCAGACGGAUUACUUUGGGAUCGCAGGGACGGUGCACUGCAUGCUGUUUGGGACGUACAUGCAGGUCACAAAGGAAGGAGGCGCGUGGAAGACAAACGGAGUGUUCAGAAGAAACCCUCACAGCGACCUGUGGCAGGACUUCUUCCACACUCUGCUGAACGUCCCGGACUGCGGCUCUCUCCCGAGUCUGCAGAGCCUCCGCUGCAAGCUGUGGUCCGUCCUGCAGGAGAACUACAGCAGCAAACUGCCCUCGCUGAAGAGCCGGCUCGUGGUCCUGCUGCUGGAGAGCCGCAAGGCCGCCAGGAGAUGAUGACCGAAAACCCGAAGCUCCUCCCCCUUUUAAUAUUUUGAUUUUAACGUUUUAAAGAUGUGCAGGAAGAUUCAGAGUACAGAGAGUACUCGUGUAAAAAAUGUAAUUAUUAUUCUAGAGUUCUUCUUCUUCACGGUAAAUGCUCAAACUGACCACUGGGACCAUUUUUGGUAAAGAAUAAAAUUAGUGUUGAAGUGUG